AUGGUUGAUCGGUCACAUGCUGAACGUUUACGAGUCAAGUUAGGUUUUGAUGGUCUUUUCUGUGUGGAUAGUGAUGGUGUGAAGGGUGGUAUAGCGUUGUUGUGGCGAAGAAAUAAUACAGCUAGUCUGCUCAGCUAUUCGGAUAAUCAUGUGGAUAUUGAGGUCAGUAUGCAUGGCUUUCCUAAAUGGCGAAUGACUGGUUUUUAUGGGUUGGCACAGCGACCCAGACGUGAGGAAUCAUGGGGAAAGUUACGAUCUUUGGCUACCAAGUCUAACCUGCCUUGGGUAGUAGAUGGGGAUUUUAAUGACCUUCUUUCUCAGCACGAGAAACGAGGAGGAAACCCACACCCUGAUAGGCUCCUACGCGGUUUUGGGGAUACUAUUGAGGAGUGUGGCCUAUCUCAGAUGGCUAUGCAGGGAUAUCCGUUUACAUGGGAGAGGGGAAAAGGAACGGCUGACUGGAUAGAGGAACAUUUGGAUAAAGUAUUGGCCUCGGAUGAGUGGCGCGAGAUUGUUGCAGGAGCCAGAGUAUCUAAUCUUUUAACCCGCAAGUCGGAUCAUUCGGCUCUCUUUCUAAGCAUCCAUGACUCCGUAGGGAGGGGUGGGGCUAGUAGGAGGGGUUUCCGUUUUGAGAAUGCAUGGUUAUAUGAUGAGGGAUGCCGGGGUGUUGUGGAAAAAGCAUGGGAUGAAGGAAAGGACCGUGGACUGCAGGAUUGCAUAAAAUUCUGUGGCUCUCGGCUAUCUCGGUGGGGGGGUGACAGGUUUCAUAUGUUUGGAGAGAAAAUUAUGAGUUUGCGGAAAGAGCAGCUGCGUCUGAGAGGAAAAACGGAUCCAGCCUCGUUAGCUGAAUUCCGGUCAUUGGAGGAACGAUUAUGCCGAACAGAGACACGGGAGGAUGCAUUCUGGAGACAACGAGCUAAGCAACACUGGCUCAAGGGUGCCGAUGCCAAUACAAAAUUCUUUCACAGCUUCCCAGCAACUCUGAAUGAAACGGAUGUGGUAUUGAUCCCGAAAAAGCAAAACCCGGAACGAGUAUCUGAUCUUAGGCCAAUUGCGUUGAGUAAUGUGAUAUACAGGGUAAUGGCAAAGAGUGCGUUUAUACCCGAUAGGCUUAUAACGGAUAAUAUCUUGCUAGCAUCGGAGGUUGGCCAUUAUUUGCACAGGAAACAGUGUGGUGUUGUUGGAUGGGCUGCACUAAAAUUAGAUAUGGCAAAGGCAUAUGAUCGAAUGGAGUGGUCGUUCCUACAUGGGAUGCUUGUGGCCAUGGGUUUUGAUAAAAAAUGGGUGGAUUUGAUUAUGUUAUGUGUGUCUACUGUAUCGUACAGGUUUUUAAUUAAUGGCUCUCGUACUGAUUCAGUUACACCUACUCGUGGAUUGAGGCAGGGGGACCCAUUGUCUCCGUAUCUAAUUAUUAUCUGUGCAGAGGGACUCUCUAUGAUGUUGCAACAGGCACAAUUGAAUAAUAGUAUUCAUGGAUGUAGAGUGGCUCGGGGAGCUCCCCCAAUAUCCCAUCUCUUCUUUGCGGAUGACAGUUUGUUGUUCUUUAAGGCCAAUUUGCAGGAAGCAAGUGUGAUAAAAGGAUGCCUAACGGCAUAUGAGAAGUUGUCAGGACAAGCGGUAAACUAUCAUAAAUCCAGUAUUUGUUAUAGCAAAAAUACUAUUGAGGAGGACAGAGGCAUGGUGGCGCAGGAACUGGGGGUGUUGCAAGCCCCAAAUUUUGGUAAAUAUCUGGGGCUUCCGUCGUUUAUUGGUAGAAAUCGAAAGGCAGCUUUCUCGUAUAUUGAGGAAAAGAUUAAACAGAGAAUUGGUUCAUGGAAUAAGAAGUAUUGGUGGAACUCAGGCACUAAUCAGGGAAUACAUUGGAAGGCAUGGGAUAAAUUAUGCAUCCCUAAGAAAUAUGGAGGUUUGGGUUUUAAGGAACUCAGGGCAUUUAAUUUGGCAAUGUUGGGAAAGCAGGCAUGGCGUUUACUCACAAGGCCAGAAUCCCUAGUGGCACGUAUUUAUAAGGCCAGGUAUUAUCCGAAAGAUACUUUCUCAGAGGCACAUCUUGGGAAUAAUCCAAGUUUUUGUUGGCGAAGUAUUAUGGCAGCAAAAAGCAUGGUUUGUACUGGUGUGAGGCGGAGGAUAGGGAAUGGCAAGGAUACGAAAAUAUGGGAUCAUCCCUGGCUGCAGGAUGAGCAGAAUCCAAUGAUUCAAACAGAAAUGUCACCACAACUGCUUAAUGCACGAGUUUUUGGAUUAAUUGACCAAGAGACGGGGACAUGGGAUACUUCCAUUUUAACGGAUAUUUUUGUGCCAGAAGAUGUACCCAGAAUUCUGAAAAUUCCCAUAUCACCAGAUUAUGAAGAUACGUGGUAUUGGCAUGAUGACCCAAGAGGAUUGUAUUCUGUAAAAAGUGGUUAUAAGUGUAUUGUUGGCAGGUAUGAUAAUACGAUUAAUCUCUUUAAUAAAUGGCAAGUGUUAUGGAAGCUCAAAAUCCCCCCAAAAUGGAAAACCUUUCUAUGGAGAGCUUUGAGUGACAUUCUUCCCACUACUAUGAAUCUGCGAAACAAGAGAGUUGAUAUUGAGCCUAGUUGUGCUAUGUGUGGAGUGUUAUAUGAAGAUACCAUGCAUGCCCUGGUCACGUGUGACUAUGCCAAGGCUGUAUGGGGGCAAGCUAACCUCCCAAUCCCUGUUAUCCAGACGAAUAUUUUUAAUGAAUGGUUUAAUAUGAUUUUGGAUAAUUUGGACACUGAUGGUCUGGUGUAUGCAGCUGCAAUCUUAUAUCAUAUUUGGAGAGCAAGAAACAAUGCCGUUUGGGACGCCUAUAUGCCAAUGCCGAAGAAGACUCUAAGGACGGCCACCAUCACGAUGAAGGCAUGGUGUGCCGUGCACCGUGGAACCGAAAACACCCCUGCACCGCCGCACACCAAUACAGUCAUGGCCACGCCAGGGCAACACACUCGCAGGUGUUAUGUGGAUGCGAGUUAUCACCAUGCCACGAAUACGGCCUCGGUAGGUGCAGUUCUUUUGAAUGGAAACGGACAAUAUAUUUCUGCCUAUGUCUCUUCACUUCCAAAUUGUUUCUCGUCUCUUAUGGCGGAAGCACUGGCAUGCAAGGAAGCUUUGUCUUGGCUAAAGAAUCGUGGAGAGGAAAGCUUGGAACUACUCACGGACUGUUUAACGGUCAAACAAUACCUAACUACUUCAGCUAGUACCGAUCGAUCAUAUGUUGGCUACGCAAUAGAUGGUUGGAGGAAUUUAAUUAAUUCUUUACUUUCUUGUUUAGUUGUUUUUGUUCCUAGAUCAGAAAACUAUUUAGCACAUGCUUUAGCUACUUCAGUUGUUAGUCAAACUUCAGCUAUGUACUGGGAUGCGAACCCACCAGCACAAAUCUCGCAUUAUUUUGAAUAA